AUGACGUUCGCUAGCUAUUGGCUUUCAGAUCAUCCGAUGGAAGGACAAGAUUGCAAAUUCAUUGUGGAAUAUCGGAUCACCAAUGCCGUCGCUCGCUAUUGCAAAGGCCACAAACGCGGCCUUCAACCCCUCCUGCGCACCCAUCAUCGUCACAACCGGGGCGACAUCGGGUAUUGGAGUGUUACGCGUCUCUUUGCGAAACUUCAGAACAGCUGCGUCCAAAUCUACCUCAUUAGUCUGAAUCGCGCAGCCCCGGAGUGGAUUAUCGCCUCUCUUCCUCAGCCGACCGCCGAGGUCGACAAGGAUGACUCUAGCCCAACACCAACACCGGGAUACACAUACGAAUUCAUUCCAUGCGAUGUGACGUUAAUCUAUGCACUCGCUCGCGAUUUGUCUUCCCGUCUCCCCUAUCUCAACUUCCUCCUUCACAGCGCAGGAGUCAUCGGGCUCGAGGGUCGACAGGAGACUUCGGAAGGUAUCGACAUCAAGCUGGCCUCGCGAUACUAUUCGCUGGACGCUGACGAAUGA